GGGAUUGAAAGAGCACAUUUGGAAGGUAACCGCUUAGAAAAGCGCCUGGAAAAGCUUGCAAAGCUGUAUGCCACUCAGAUGAAGCCGGCUAAUGGUACGCAAGUUGGAUUGAAACCUCCUUUGACCUUGAAGCAUCGAAGGAGAGCUUCAGAACAAUUGAUUGUCAAAUGGGAAGAGGAUGCAUCUGUAACAAAGUGUCCUCUGUGCGAAGAUACCAACGAUCACGCAAAAGACGUAGAUGACGAUGAUGUAUCCUCACCGGAAGCAAUUCUUGCAUCAUUCACAAAUGGUAGAGCUCGUACUAUUUCUACGUCAUCAACAAAGUCGUUAAAAGGGGAAGAGAAACUUCAACAACAAUUGAUGGUGCUUUUGGAACAAGAAGAAUUGGUUCAAGGAUAUAUUCAUGAAGCUACUAGAAAACGCAAAUUUGAUGAUGCGAGAACAUUAAGGAUUUCCUUAGAUGAGCUUAAAACAGAGAUUGAUAAGAUAAAAAAGGAACUUGGAGAUUAUUUAUAA